AUGUACCAAGUGCGGAACGAAAUCCUGCGUAAGGCCCGUGAGUCUCCUCUUCAUUUCAACGGGAGGCGAGUGCUUAUUUUCCCCGACUAUACUACGGCAGUAGCGAAGAAAAGAGCUACAUUUGGCAGAGUUAAGAAGGAACUACAUUCAUGCCCUGGAGUGAAGUUUGGACUGCUCUUUCCAGCAACGCUUCAGAUCACGCUGCCUAGUGGGACAAGUCACAAGUUUGAAGACCCUGAUGCAGCCUUGGAUUUCGUGGAGAAGAAUAUUAAAAGUGUGGUCGCCCCAGACUCUGAUGCGUGGCGUAAUCAGGUGGUAUACACUGGACUGGUGUUCUCUGAGGUGUCCAGGGGGAUCCGUGCCAUCUCUCGUUCCUUGUUUGCAACCCAUGUCAUAGGACAGCACCAGCCAAUGCUGUAG